AUGAAGUUUACCAUCAUCACCAUCAUCGCCAUCACCGUCACCCUUGCAACCUUCGGCAGUGCAACCGUCAUCGAAGGCCGCCAACAAUCCUGCGGCGACUGCGAGCAGCAGGUGAUGUCUGGGAACACCGACGCCUGCAACUGGGGGAUCUGCCAGGGUUGCGGCUUGUGCUAG